CCGAGAAUGGAGUAACCGAGAUACGCGAAGCUAGGGGGAAGAGUUUCGGACUGGAGGAGGCAGAGGGAGCAGGCAGGCAGGCAGGCAAGCCAGCGAGCGAGCAAGCGGUGGUUCUUUCUCAAGGAAGGACCUCGACGGAGGAAGCAAGAGAACGAAGCGCAAGAAUGCACUAGGGCAGGGGUUGGUGCUGCGCUGCCGUAGUCAGACGCCAAGCGCGAGUGCCUCCUGAAGCUUCCCAUCCUCCGCUGCAGCGUCCUGACUGAGCUUGUCAAUGGAGCUGGAGAAUAUAGUUGCCAACACGGUUCUGCUCAAAGCCAGAGAAGGGGGUGGAGGAAAGCGCAAAGGUAAAAGCAAAAAAUGGAAGGAAAUCCUGAAGUUUCCUCACAUUAGCCAGUGUGAAGAUCUUCGAAGAACAAUAGAGAGAGAUUAUUACAGUUUAUGUGACAAGCAACCAAUAGGAAGACUUCUCUUUCGGCAAUUCUGCGAGACUCGCCUGGAGCUGGAGUGCUGUAUUAAGUUUCUUGAUUCGGUGGCAGAAUAUGAAGUACUUCCAGAUGAAAAAUUGGGAGAGAAAGGCAAAGAAAUUGUGAUGAAAUACCUCAUCCCAGGG